AUGUCCGUUAGUAUCUUAGCGGGUCCCCAGGCUCUUUCUCAAUUUAGAAUCGAUUCUUUAGUAAAAGGCUUGGAAUCAUAUUGCAACAGUACUGGCUUUAUCAAAGAAGUUCGUUCCUGUUACGUUCAUUAUGUUGAUUUGAAAGCUGAGCUUUCGAAGGAAGACCAGGAGCUUGUUUCUGUGUUGCUAACGUACGAUACAGCUUUGGAUUUGAGCGAUGACUUCAACAAGAAGUUGGUUGAAUCUGUGACCAGCAAUGCCGCAGCCUCCUUAGGUGAUGAUACCUACUUGAUUAGAAUUACCCCUCGUCGUGGUACCAUUUCUCCAUGGUCAUCUAAGGCUACAAACAUUGCUCAUGUCUGUAACUUGGAAGACAAGGUUGCGAGAAUCGAAAGAGGUUUAGCUCUAUUGAUAAAGUGCAAUGCUGGUUUCCCAUUGAUGGAGCGCUUAAAUGACGUUUCCUUGAAGAACGUGUACGAUAGAAUGACCCAAGAGUUGUUCUUGGACCAACCUCCUGUAGUUACCGAAUUGUUCAACCACGAUGCACCAAAGCCUUUGGUUCACGUUCCAUUAGUUAGCCAAACAAGUAAGUCUCCUUCUGAAACUUUAGCCAAGGCUAACGUUGAAUUAGGUCUUGCUUUGGACCAAGGUGAAAUUGACUACUUGAUUCGUGCAUUUGUGGAAACAAUGAAGAGAGAUCCAACAGAUGUCGAGUUGUUCAUGUUCGCUCAAGUCAACUCGGAGCAUUGCCGUCAUAAGAUCUUCAACGCUGAUUGGACUAUUGAUGGUCUACAAAAGCAAUUGACUUUGUUCAAGAUGAUCAGAAACACUCAUCAAAUUACUCCAGACUUCACCGUGUCUGCUUAUUCAGAUAACGCUGCCGUUCUUGACACCGAGAAUGACUCCUAUUACUAUGCACCUGAAUUCAAAACCAAGAAGUGGACUGCCACCAAGGAAAGAGUUCCUAUGUUGAUCAAAGUGGAAACCCACAACCAUCCUACUGCGGUCUCACCUUUCCCAGGUGCAGCCACUGGUUCUGGUGGUGAAAUUAGAGAUGAAGGUGCCACCGGUAGAGGUUCCAAGAGUAAAUGUGGUCUUUCUGGUUUCUCUGUUUCUGACUUGCUAAUUCCAGGUAAAGAAAUGCCUUGGGAAUUGAACGUUGGUAAGCCAAACCACAUCGCAUCUGCACUUGACAUCAUGAUUGAAGCCCCAUUGGGUUCUGCAGCCUUCAACAAUGAAUUUGGUAGACCUUGUAUCAACGGUUACUUUAGAACUUUGACAACUAAGGUUGUUAACGCUGACGGCAAGGAGGAAAUCAGAGGUUUCCAUAAGCCAAUCAUGAUCGCUGGUGGUUUCGGUGCUGUUAGACCUCAAUUUGCCUUGAAGAACAAACCAAUUACACCAGGCUCCAGUUUAAUCGUCUUGGGUGGUCAAUCUAUGUUGAUUGGUCUAGGUGGUGGUGCUGCAUCGUCCAUUGCGUCUGGUGAAGGUUCCGCUGACUUAGACUUUGCUUCUGUUCAAAGAGGUAACCCAGAGAUGGAACGUCGUUGCCAACAAGUCAUUGAUGCCUGUGUCUCUUUGAAUGAAAAUAACCCAAUCCAAUCUAUCCACGAUGUCGGUGCAGGUGGUUUGUCUAAUGCCUUGCCUGAAUUGGUUCACGAUAACGACUUGGGUGCCAAGUUUGACAUCAGAAAGGUGCUAUCUCUAGAACCAGGUAUGUCCCCUAUGGAAAUUUGGUGUAAUGAAUCUCAAGAAAGAUACGUUCUUGGUGUCUCCCAACAGGAUCUUGCCACAUUUGAAAGUAUUUGUAAGAGAGAAAGAGCACCAUUUGCUGUCGUUGGUCAUGCCACUGCUGAACAAAAACUAAUUGUCGAAGAUUCUCUAUUGAAAAGCACCCCAAUUGACCUAGAUAUGUCUAUUCUAUUUGGUAAACCACCAAAAAUGGCCAGAGAAGCUAUAACAGAGCCUUUACAAUUACCUCAACCAAACCUCUCUCAAAUUCCUUCUAUGGAAGAUGCUAUCGAUCGUGUUUUACAUUUACCAGCCGUUGGCUCGAAAUCGUUUUUGAUCACAAUCGGUGAUAGAACUGUUACUGGGUUGAUUGAUAGGGACCAAUUUGUGGGUCCAUGGCAAGUACCUGUCGCUGAUGUUGGUGUUACAGCUACUGCACUUGGUGAUGAGAUCCGUUCGACUGGUGAGGCCAUGGCAAUGGGUGAAAGACCAUCUGCUGCUCUGGUAUCUGCCGCUGCAUCUGCAAAACUCUCUGUGGCAGAAUCUCUUCUAAACGUAUUUGCUGCAGAUGUUAAAUCAUUGAAGCAUAUCAAGCUAUCUGCUAACUGGAUGUCUCCAGCAUCUCAUAAAGGUGAAGGUGCUAAGCUAUACGAAGCUGUUCAAGCCAUUGGUAUGGAUCUAUGUCCUGAUUUAGGUGUAUCCAUUCCUGUUGGAAAAGAUUCUAUGUCUAUGAAGAUGAAAUGGGAUGACAAAGAAGUCACUGCCCCACUAUCUUUGAAUAUCACUGCUUUUGCCCCUGUUAAAAACACCUCCAAGACCUGGACUCCAUUGUUGAGCAAAGAGAGUGGUGAGACUAUCCUUGUUCUUGUCGAUCUAGCUGCUCUACAAGAACAAAGAUCCCUAGGCGCCUCCGCAUUGCUGCAAGUGUAUAAUCAAAUUGGUAACACUGUACCAACUGUUCAUGACAACAAGGUUCUAAAAGGUUUCUUAGAAUCUAUUUUGGAACUUCAUGAAACUGACUUGGUUCUAUCUUACCACGACAGAUCUGAUGGUGGUUUGUUAGUGACCUUGUUAGAAAUGGCCUUUGCCGCUAGAUGUGGUUUGGAUGUCAUUGUUGACUCCAGCAAGGACGGUAACGCAUUUGUUCCAUUAUUCAAUGAAGAAUUAGGUGCUGUCUUCCAAAUCAAAGAAUCUUCUCUAACACAAUUCCAAAGCAUUCUUGCCAAACAUGGUGUUUCCCACCAAUAUGUGUCUGUUGUCGGUAAGCCUAACUUUGUUUCAAAUAUGGUUACUAUUACCGAGAAAUCUGGUGCAGUGCUUUACGAGAACACUAGGGCUGAAUUACAGAAGAGCUGGUCAUCUACAUCUUAUGAAAUGCAAAAGUUAAGAGACAAUCCAAAGACUACAAUUCAAGAAUUCUCUGCUAUUGCUGAUGACAAGGACCCAGGUUUGCACUACGCGUUGACUUUCAACCCAGCUGAUGACUUGCAAAUUGGCACUCAGUUGGCAAACGUUAGACCAAAGGUUGCUAUUCUAAGAGAACAAGGUGUUAAUGGUCAAAUGGAAAUGGCAUGGUGUUUCCAACAAGCUGGAUUUGAUGCCAUUGACGUUACUAUGACAGAUUUGAUCGAAGGUACCUUUAAUCUAUCGGAGUUCACUGGUAUUGCUGCAUGUGGUGGUUUCUCCUAUGGUGAUGUUUUGGGUGCUGGUGCUGGUUGGGCUAAGUCUGUUCUUUACCACGAAGGUGUUCGUAAACAAUUUGUUAACUUCUUCCAAGAAAGAGAAGAUACAUUUGCCUUUGGUGCCUGUAAUGGUUGUCAAUUCCUCAGUAGAUUAAAAUCUAUCAUUCCAGGAUGCGAAGACUGGCCAAGCUUUGAAAGAAACAUGAGUGAACAAUACGAGGCUCGUGUUUGUAUGGUUGAAAUUGUCCAAGACCAAACCCGUCAAACCGAGUCUGUAUUCUUCAACGGUAUGGUUGGCUCCAAGCUACCGAUUGCUGUUGCUCACGGAGAAGGUAAGGCUACUUUUGAAAGCCAAGAACAACUUGAUAAAUUCGAAAGCCAAGGCUUAACCGGUGUGAGAUACAUUGACAAUUACGGUAACGUAACAGAGAAGUUCCCAUUCAAUCCAAACGGUUCUCCAAAUGGUAUUUCAGGUAUCACUUCUCCAAACGGUAGAGUUCUAGCGAUGAUGCCCCAUCCGGAAAGAGUAUCUAGACUAGAAGCUAACUCGUGGUAUCCACAAGGCAAGUUCGAGGAAUGGGAAGGUUACGGCCCAUGGAUCAGAUUGUUCAGAUCUGCUAGAAAGUGGGUGGGUUAG